AUGGCAAAGGGUAUGGUUGAGGGUGGGGUGGGCUUGAAUGCGCGCUGCCCCACCACGCUGCGUGUCCUCGUGCUGGGCCUGCUCUUGCUCAUCUUCAUUCUCAACCAGGCCGAUCGACAGCUGCUACCCGUCCUUAUUAGUGGCGGUCUCAAAUGCAACUCGAGUGCAGCCAGUCAAUCCCCAAACUCGACCAACACGAGUUAUUCAGGUGUCAGCGUUAGUGCUUGGUUUGAUGUGAGCGGCUUGCACACGCAAGGGGACGCCGAUGCAGACUGCCUCUCGUUCUCCGACACCAUGGAAGGCCUGCUCAAGGGCCCGACUUUUACUGUCAUCUAUGCCACCGCAGGCGUCGUUCUGGCUUACCUGGGCGAUCGCCAUCGUCGUAGUCUCGUCUUGGCUGUGGCUGCCAUUUUUUGGUCCCUCACCACAGCCGCACUAUACUUUAUCCAGUCAUUCUGGCAGCUCAUGCUACUCCGCUUCGCGCUCGGCCUGGGGGAAGCCGUGUACAGUCCCGUGGCCAUAACUACAAUCGCUGCCCUCCACGAACCUCGCACACGUGGCACAGCCAUGGCCAUCUUCUACACGGGUGUCUACAUUGGCGGUGGCAUGGGUUACAUCGCCGGGGCUGUCAACGAGCGCUUUGGCUGGCGCCGGACUUUUCUGGCUUUUGGCCUACCCGGCCUGGUACUAGGCUGCAUCUACGCCGUGGCAGCACGCCGCUCUGACGUUUACAGCGAUGGCCGUAAAGAUCGCGCCCAUCAUUCCUUUUGGGCAGUGGCACGUGUCCUGUGGCGAAGCCCCUACCGCCUCGUCUUUGUCCUCAUGUGCUUCGCUGCAGCUGUCCGCAACGUGGCUGGCUAUGCACUGGGAGCCUAUUUCCCCUCCUUCUUUCGCGAACGCUUUGAUCUGGACGAUGACGCCUACGCCCACACCAUGGUCGCCAUGGGCAUUAUCGUUACUGUUGGCGGGAGCUGUGGUAGCCUCAUCGGCGGUCGUGUGAGCGAUAAGCUCUCUCGAGUGACCACGGCCUCGAAAUGCUACAUCAUUGCCGUGUCCCAGGUAAAGCAUCAGACUAGCAAUCCAAUGGCAGCCAUGUCUAGGCAUUGCCUUUUGCCUUAUGACUUGCUGAUCCGACUGUAG